AGUAAGAUGGCGGCGCCCAGCAGCCGGUGAGGAGAGAGGACACCGGGGUCCCGGGGAGCGACCAGACUCGUGCGGUAUGGCCGCGUCCCCGCACACUCUCUCCUCACGCCUCUUGACAGGUUGGGUAGGAGGAUGUGUCUGGUAUUUAGAGAGAAGAGCUAUACAGGAAUCCCCUCACAAGUUCAUGCACCUUUUCAGGAAUGUCAAUAAGCGGUGGUUUACAUUUCAGCACUUUAACUUCCUGAGACGCAUGUAUGUCACACAGCUGAACAGAUGCCUCAGCCAGCAAGUAAAACCAAAGCCAGAACCAGUGGCAUCUCCUUUCCUUGAAAAAACAUCUUCAUGUCAAGACAAAGCAGAAAUAUAUGAAAUGAGACCUCUCCCGCCUCAGAGCCUAUCUUUGUCCAGAAAGCCAAAUGAAAAGGAAUUGAUAGAACUAGAGUCUGCCUCAAUAAUUGAAGGCUCGAUAGAUGUGGAAGAAGAGACAAAAGAUGAAAAGCAGUGGAAAGAGAUGAAGCUGCAUAUGGAUGACUUGCCGGGAAUUUUGGCUCGACUAUCCAAAAUCAAACUCACAGGCUGGAUUCUUAUACAUGAAGGAUCCUCUGCCUCCUUCACUUUUCUCCUCUCUUGGGAUACUAGGGAGACGUUAAGACCACCCCCAUGUCUGCCAGAAUCCAGCAAAAAUCGAGAGAGUAAGAAAGGGCAGGUUCCAAUUCGCAACUUGUUUUCACUGAGGAAGUUUUUUGAGGUGCCAUUUGACUCAAACAUGAAUAGGACAAAGAACAGACCUCUGGUUCGUGGACAGAUCAGCCCGUUGCUAGCUAUGUCCUUUGCCACUUGUUGUGCUGUUCCAGGAGUUGCACUUCUGACCUGUGGGGUGAAUCCACUCACAGGAGCCCUGGGAGUCUUCAACAUUUUCCUGUAUACCUGCUGUUACACACCACUGAAGAGGAUCAGCAUUGCCAACACAUGGGUCGGAGCCAUCGUUGGGGCCAUCCCACCCGUCAUGGGCUGGACAGCGGCUACUGGUAGCCUCGAUGCUGGGGCAUUUCUUCUGGGAGGAAUCCUCUACUCCUGGCAGUUUCCCCAUUUCAACGCCCUGAGCUGGGGCCUCCGCGAAGACUACUCCCGGGGAGGCUACUGCAUGAUGUCCGUCACUAACCCGGGCCUGUGCCGGCGCGUGGCGUUGCGCCACUGCCUGGCCCUGAUCGGACUGUCCACGGCGGCCCCCGUCCUCGACGUCACCACGUGGGCCUUCCCGGUCGUCUCCCUCCCCAUCAACUUGUAUAUUUCCUACCUCGGCUUUCGGUUCUACGUGGACGCGGACCGGAAGAGCUCCCGGAGACUGUUCUUCUGCAGCCUGUGGCACCUGCCCUUGCUCCUGCUGCUCAUGCUCACCUGUAAGCAGCCUCCAGGUGUGACCCACGACAAGGGAGACCCUCCGAGCUGAACUCAAAUGAGCAUGUGGGAAAAAAACAAUAAUCGUACGGGGGGAGACGAUUUAUUUCCCUUUACUGUUAGGCAAGAAUAUUUUGAUAAUUCUGGAGCAUAAGAAGAGAAAUCGCUGGUUUUAGCACAAAAUUGUAAAAUAAUUUGGUGCUCAGUGAUGAUUUUAAAAAAAGAAACAUCCAAAAUGCUCCCCAAAUAAGAAAUGGGUUGGCUCAGUUGAUCAAUUCAAAAAAAGAAUAUUGUUCUGUU